AUGGUGUUUGAAGACUGUGAUCUCACACUGGAUCCAAACACAGCACACCCUCGACUCAUUCUGUAUGAGGACAACAGGAAAAUUAAACAUGUGAACAUCCCUCAGUCAUAUCCUGAUCAUCCAGAGAGAUUUGAGCACCAUGAGCAGGUUAUGUGUAUUGAGAGUCUGACUGGACGCUGUUACUGGGAGGCUGAAUGGAGCGGCUGGGUUGACAUAGCAGUGACGUAUAAAGGAAUGGACAAGAAAAGAGGGACUGAAAAUUCGUUUGGAUCUAAUAACAAAUCCUGGAGUCUGGACUGCCGUGAAAAACAAUUUACCACAAGGCACAAUAAUAGCAGCACGUAUUUACCAGCUCCUUCACCCCCCUCUAAUACAAUAGGAGUGUAUGUGGAUGUGUCAGUCGGUUCGCUGUCCUUCUACAGCGUCUCUGACACACACACACUCACACACUUACACACAUUCAACACCACAUUCACUGAACCCCUCUAUGCUGGAUUCAGAGUCUAUUAUGCUUCUUCAGUGUCUCUGUGUCAGAUUCAAAUAGAGACGUGUAAUUAA